CUAACUGACGUGUGCAAAGUUGUAAAUAAAAAACUAAUUUUAUACAAUUGUGGCUGGAAAAUAGCUCUAAUUAUUCAACAAUGUUUAAAAAUUCAUACCAAAAUGGUUUGCUGUCAAUAUUCUACAGCUGUGGGUCAAAUCCGUUGGCCAUUUGGGAUAUGGAGGUAAAAAAUGGCCAUAUCAAACGACUCACAGAUAACGAAGUGAAUUCUAUAGUUCUCGAGAUUGUUAGUACAAAUGUAGCGACAACCUUCAUUAGUUGUCCCAAAAGGAACCAAGUUUUGGGGAUCAAAUUGCCCUUUUUAGUCAUGAUAGUCAAAAAUCUAAAGAGGUAUUUCUCCUUUGAGAUAACAGUGCUCGACGACAAGAAUAUGCGGAGAAGAUUUAGAAUUUCCAAUUUCCAGUCGACUACGAAAAUUAAGCCGUUUUGUACAAGUAUGCCUAUCGGCCUCUCGGGAGGGUGGAAUCAGAUACAAUUCAACUUGGCGGAUUUCACAAGAAGAGCUUAUGGGACGCAGUUUAUAGAAACGCUCAGAGUUCAAGUACACGCUAACGCUCGUAUACGGAGAAUUUAUUUUAGCGAGCGAUUGUACGCUGAGGAGGAAUUGCCGCAGGAUUACAAAUUGUAUUUGCCUUUGGAGCGUAAGAAGAAAGGGAAGGGAAAGAAGGAGGAACCAGCGAAGCCUGCACCCGCGGCUGCUCCAGCACCGGAGGCGGCGCCUCCACCACCGCCAGAGCCACCGAAAGAGGAGCCAGUUGGUAAACCUAGUACAGUUACAGUUACGCCGGCAACGACAGAUGCUGAGGAUGAGAAGCCUGCAGAGGUUGUUGAGGAGAAACCGCCCGAGGCAGCCCCCGAAGCAGCCCCAGAGGCACCUCCCGAAGAGACAGCACCAGCUGAGAAUCCCCCUGAGGAAGGAGGAGAGGCUCCCGCAGCAGAAUCCGAGGCUCCUGAAGAAGCCCCAGCUGCAGAGCCCCCAGCCGAAGAGGCUCCGCCAGCUGAAGAAUAACUGCACCGAUCACGUUUUGGAGUUGUGUUUAUAUUUUGUUACUUAUGUUGUAGAUCUCAGUUUCUAGUUUUACUCGUAUAGUUAAAAUAUUUCUAUUUCAACGUUCGUUUUUCUAUGCAGUUUAGACAUAUAAUUAUAUCAAUGGAGAAGU